AUGAAGUCUCGAGUAUCACCGUCGCCACGGCGUCUUGUCGCCCGUCUGGCCGGCCCGCGCGCUCCAAUCUAUGUCCGACGGCCCUACUCCACACAUCCUCCGAACGCCCGCCUCAACCUGCCCAUCGACUACGCCACCACCCCGCUGCUCGCUCACACCCCCAAAUCGAGUCUAUCAAACCCCGAGCUGCCCCAGCACGUCCGCGACUCGAAGACCACGCGCCAGAACGUAUUCCAGGCCGUCAACUCCGCCCUGCGCCAUGCCCUGACUACCGACGACCGCGUGCUCGUAUUCGGCGAGGACGUAGCCUUUGGCGGUGUCUUCCGAUGCUCUAUGGGGUUAGCCAACGAUUUCGGCUCCGAAAGAGUCUUCAACACUCCACUCAGCGAGCAGGGAAUCGUCGGCUUCGCCAUUGGCGCCGCGCUGGAAGGGAUGAAGCCGGUGGCCGAGAUCCAGUUCGCCGACUACGUCUACCCGGCCUUCGAUCAACUUGUGAACGAGGCGGCCAAGGUAAGAUACAGGGCGGGGACAACGGACAUGCAUGCGGGGGGGCUGGUCGUGCGAAUGCCCAUGGGGGGUGUAGGGCACGGUGCAUUAUAUCACUCUCAGUCACCCGAGUCUCUCUUCACACAUAUCCCUGGACUGCGCGUGGUGGUUCCACGCUCGCCGAUUCAGGCCAAAGGCUUACUUCUAGCAUCUAUCGCGUGCAACGACCCCGUCGUGUUUAUGGAGCCCAAGAUUCUCUACCGGGCAGCUGUGGAACAAGUCCCUAAUGAAGCAUACACCCUACCCUUGUCGAAAGCGGAGGUCCUGAAAGAAGGAAAAGAUGUGACCAUUGUCUCCUAUGGCACCCCUUUGUACAACUGCUCUACCGCCAUCGCUGCCGCUGAGAAGGACUUUGGCGUCAGCAUUGAGCUGAUUGAUUUGAGGACCAUUUAUCCCUGGGACCGGCCGACCAUCUUGAGCAGCGUGAACAAGACUGGAAGGGCCAUCGUCGUGCAUGAGAGUAUGAUAAACUCUGGUGUCGGCGCUGAGGUCGCAGCAACAAUCCAAGAAGGUGCAUUCUUGAGACUGGAAGCACCUGUGCAGCGUGUUGCGGGGUGGAGUACGCAUAUGGGCUUGUUAUACGAGAAGUUUAACGUUCCUGAUGUCGUCCGGAUAUACGAUGCGAUCCGCAAAGUUGUUGAAUACUAG